AUCUCCAUCCAAACUCACCCCCUUGGACUAGAGUCCAUACCCGUCUCCAACAGAGCUGAGAAAGUUUUACUGGUAACUUUCACUGAGCUCAAGUUCAUUCCCCUUGACCCUCCUCCCCAAACAGGCUGGACCAUUUAUCUUCUUUCUGAUGGAAGCAUCUCACCUGUUCCUACCCAGGGUACCCCAGUCUUCUCCAGGGUGGACAAGGGACCCUGAGGGGCUCUGCAGAGGGAGAGGAAGAGGGUUCCAGAUUUUGUUUCAUGACCCAGAAGCUGACUUGAUUCCUUACCUGCACCCCCACCCCACCUCAGUCAAUGGUUAACUUCACCCUGCUCACAAGGGGCCUGGCCCUGUGUGGUCACAGCCCUUUAGAACAGCUCACAGAAUGUACUUGGGGUGGGGGGUGGGGAGUGGGGUCUGUCCUGGAGUACCAAAGCCUGCCUGGCGCUGGCCAUACAUACAAUGUAGGAGGUGGCUGCCCCACGAGAAGCCCAGCCUCGAAUCAGGAAACAGCAUGACGGAAGUUGGUUGGUGGAAGCUGACCUUUCUCCGGAAAAAGAAAUCCACUCCCAAGGUGCUCUAUGAGAUCCCUGACACCUAUGCCCAGUCAGAGGGAGGUGCCGAGGCCCCACGACCAGAGGCUGGAAGCCCCACCAGCGACUUUAACACCCGCUUGGAGAAGAUUGUGGACAAGAAUACUAAAGGCAAGCACGUGAAAGUCUCCAAUUCAGGCCGCUUCAAGGAGAAGAAGAAAGUGCGAGCCAUGCUGGCAGAGAACCCUAGCCUCUUUGAUGAUCGGGAGGAUAAAGGACAGUGAAGGGGGCCCAUGAGGAUGCUUGCACCUCCUGGCUCCCUGUCACCAGCCUGGCCUGAGACAGAAACUCGCCACACUGGCCCCUUUGGUCAUAAAGUCGUGGGAGGGUUGUUGAUGCCUGCUGGCAGGAAGUGUCUGGUUCUUAGGUUUGUAUUUAUGUGCCCUCGCUUUGUGUUAAGGCCUGGGACAACCCGGGUUCCUCCCCCUUUCCCCUGACCACAAUACAAAACACACUCCAGUUUAGGAUGGAAGCUACCAUCCAGGAGAGAGGCAGAGCUGGGUAGGGAGGUGCCAUGGUGGGAAGUAGAGAGAGAGGGCACCAGGCAGGACUCCACCCUCUCCCUGGCCACAGGGUCAAGGGUGAGUUUGAAUUGCUGCUCACUACUUCAUUUUCUUUACCUGUGACCACUCCCUGGACCAAUCCUAGAGGAACACAUUUUCUAGAAGCCACGUGAUGAGGGCGGUUUCCUUGGUGCCAGAGACUGAGACGUUGAACUUGAGUUCACCUCUUCACUGAAGGGGUAAACUUCCUAGAACUCUGCCCCAGGUAUGGAGGGGCAGAGGACUUGGGGCUCACCCUGGGGCUGCUGCAGGUCUCACCAGAAAUUCCUUAGGUUGGGCUGGGAACAUGCCUUAGUGGUAGAGUGCUCGCCUAGCAUGCAUGAAGCCCUGGGUUCGAUUCCUCAGUACCACAUACACAGAAA